AUGGAUAAGUCAAAAAGUAAAUUAGUGUCUAGCAAAUUCAAACUCUAUUCAUUUAGUGCAUCAAAUACCGCCGAACCUGAAUCCGAACACUUUGAAAAAUGUCCCAGAGCAAGACCUAUGGCAACAGUACUGGCCAUGAUUAUUCCAGGAUAUUUAGCAGCCAGUUCUUUUGGCUGGCCUUGGAUAUUUUAUACCUCCAAUAUUAUGGCCCUAAUUUGGUGCCUCUCGUUCCUUAUUUUUUCAUAUGAAAGACCUUCAGCUCAUCCCAAUUUAUCGAAAAGGGAACAAAUAUACAUAGAAAAAUCUAUUGGUAAUAAGAAUAAGAAAAGGAGUGGUGCCAUAGCAGCCCUACCGUAUUUAAUGCAAUUUUUGGCUGGAUAUGUGUUCAGUUUUAUUUCGGAUUAUCUACUAGGUAAAAAUGUUUGGUCCAUUGGUACUGCACGAAAAACUAUGAAUCUUAUCGGUUGUUUGGGACCAGCUUUAGCGCUGGUGCUGCUUCAAAGUGGAGGACCAGAACAUGCUGUGAAAGCAAUUGUGUUACUAACAAUAGCGAUUGCAACAUCUGGAGCAUGUUUUUGUGGAUAUACUAUAAAUCACAUUGAUCUAUCACCAAAUCAUUCCAGUGUGUUAGUUGGAAUAAGUAAUGGUCUCGCACAAUCGUGUGGGUUUUUAGCCCCUCUCUUUGUACAGGGUGUGGUAACAAAUGAGGAAGAUCCUAGUCAAUGGAAGAUUGUUUUUUACACGGCGGCAGUUAUAAAUGUUGUAGCAGGAGUUAUUUUUGCAAUUUUUGGAUCUGGUAAAGUUCAGUCCUGGGACAGUAUUGUCUCAAAAGAUACAAUCAGAACACAAGAAAAUGUAGAAGAUGUUUCAAAUCAAGAAUUAUUAACAUGA